AUGGGUGACAAGUCUGCACUGCGUGCUGGCCAUGAUCCAGUGGAUGGUGGAUUCACUCAGUGGUCUGAAUGGGACGGCACCUCGUGUUCAGGUACCUGCGGAGAAUCAGUAACAAGACGUGAGGGAAGAAGGAGGUCAUGCACAAACCCGGCUCCAGCGAAUGGCGGCAGUGACUGCACUGGAUCAGCAAUACAGAACAGGACAGUCGGUUGUGGAUUGACUGGAUGUCCAGUCAAUGGUGGAUUCUCUCAAUGGACUGAUUGGAAUGACCCGGGGUGUUCUGUUACCUGUGGAGAAACAGUUAGUAAGACACUGAGCAGAAAAAGGUCAUGCACAAACCCAACUCCAGCGAAUGGCGGCACUGACUGUGCUGGACCAACUACAGAAAACACGGAAGUCAGUUGUGGUGUGUCUGCAUGUCCAGAUCCAGUCAAUGGUGGAUUCACUCAGUGGUCUGAAUGGAGCGGCCCCCCGUGUUCAGUUACCUGCGGAGAAACAGUUACAAGACCUGAGAGAAGAAGAAGACCAUGCACAAACCCGGCUCCAGCGAAUGGCGGCAGUGACUGCACUGGAGCAAAAACAGAAAUCAGGAUAGUCAAUUGUGGAUUGGCUGGAUGUCCAGUCAAUGGUGGAUUCUCUCAAUGGAGUGAAUGGAACGACCCUGGGUGUUCUGUUACCUGUGGAGAAACGUCUAAUAAGACUCUGAGCAGAGAAAGGUCAUGCACAAACCCAACUCCAGCGAAUGGCGGCACUGACUGUGCUGGACCAACUACAGAAAACGUGGAAGUCAAUUGUGGUGUGUCUGCAUGUCCAGUCGAUGGUGGAUUCAGUGAGUGGAGUAACUGGAACUACCGCCAGUGUUCUGUUACCUGCGGACAAGAAGUGACAAGGCGGGCAAGACGAAGGACGUGCACUAACCCGACCCCAGCCUUUAACGGCAAUGAUUGUGUUGGCAAACGUCAGGAAGCAGAGACCGUCAAUUGUCAGUUGCCGACAUGUUCAGGUGAUGAUUAA